AUGGGGAGACGAAGAAAGGGGCAGGGGUUGAUUUGCAUGGCUCUCCAGAAUGGGAAGAGAAGAGAGCGAUUAUCAUGCAAACCAAAGGAGGUUGAGGAGAGGAUUUUUGAGGAAGAGAAAGAGGCAUAUGAGGAGAGGUUUUAUAGGUACAAUAUGAUUUUUGUGCCUUUUAUCGAGAAGGAUAACCAUGGAAGGUGUGUGAUGUUCGGUGCUGGUUUGAUAUCGCAUGAAGAUGAAGAAUCCUAUUCAUGGGUUCUUCAAAAGGACUUUGAAAUGAGUGGCUUGUUUAGGACGACAUCUAUGUCGGAGAAUGAGGAUGGUUUCUUCCGGCGAUACUUCAAUAAAGGUUCGAACCUCGUGGAGUUUUUUAUGCACUUUGAAUGUGCUUUGGAGGCUCAAAGGAAUAAGUUUGAUCUCUUAAACAGUGCCGAUGAGUCAUGUUUUCCGAAGUUGGUGACUGAACUUCCUAUUGAAAGGAGUGGUGUAUAUGUUGUUGAUGAUGGUAAUGGUCAUAAGUUUAAUGUUGGGUAUAGUAAUUUGAACAUUAAGAGUAUUCCGGACAAGUAUAUUGCAAGCCAUUGGAGGAAGUUUGUUGAUAUUAAGAAAACAGAUUCUAUUGGUGGAAGUGUUGUUGUUGUCGACAAUGAUAUCAUUUCUCGACCGUAUGCUAAGGCUAAUGGUUGUAUUGCUUUGGUUCAUGGAGAUUCUGUGAGGAUGAAGGAAUUAUUGCAGGCUUUUGAAGUGUUGCAUGAUUCAUUUAUAGUUUCUACUGGUAGCAAGUCAAAUAGCGAAAUGUUUGAUGAGUUUUAUGGUUGCCCAGUCCCUGAGGAAAUUGAUAUUUGUUCUCCGGAUGUUGUGAAGACAAAAGGAAGUGGAAGAAGAAUCAAGUCCAGCAAAGAGAAGGCAAUUAGCAAGGCUGAGAAGCCAAAGAGGAGAUGCAGCAAAUGUAAACAAAUGCGGCAUCAUGAUGCGCGAAACUGUGAUGAAGAACCUGCAUUAGAUUAG